UGCAGGUGCAGUCGACCGGACAGUGAAGGUGACGGCAAGAGGGCUCAGCAUGGUAGAUCUUUUUAAGUUGUUGAGCGAAGCGGGAAUUGCUGAGAAAGAUGUUGAGUCGAUUAGUACGGGUAGACCAGGAGAUUAUGGAUACGUGUUGACCUUCUUCGAAGCUGGCAAUGUCAACCUUCUUAGAGGUAAAUCUCUUUAUUAUAAUGGGAACCCAGUGCAUUUAGUUGCACUGGGGAAGCAGAUUGUAAAGUUACGUCUUCAUUGGAUGCCUAUUUACAUCAAUGAUGCAGUUAUACACGAAUUUCUGGGUAGUUAUGGAAAAAUUAUUGACAUAAAGAGAUUGUCCUUUUUUAAUAAAGGAGUGAAGAUAGUUAAUGGUAUAAGGGAAGUUACUUUAGAAGUAACGGAGGUUGAGCGUCAGUCUAUUCCCCAUCUGCUUAAAUUUGAGGAUGGUCUGGCGAUAUUGAUUACAAUCUUUGGGAGACCUCCACUUUGCCUCAGAUGUUCCCAAGUAGGGCAUCUUCAAAGAAAUUGUAUUCACGGUUCAUUUGCUAACGUUACAAAGAGAAAUUUUCAGGAGAAGAGCACCCCGGCUAACCCAGAUGUGACAGACAUUGGGGAGAAAGGCGAGACAACUCCAAAGGAUGUCACAAAUAAUGAAAAGGUACGGAAUGAAGAUGAGGAGGAUGGUUCCAAGACGGACAUUUCUGCGAAUUUUGAUAGUGAUAGUGAUAUGGAAAACGACGACGAGGAUGACGAACAAGAAGAUGAUAUGGAUCUUGAGACUAGGGGAGAAAAAAGAGAAAUUGCAACAGGUGAGGAUUCUUUUAGGAAGGUUUUUCCCCCGCAAAAACGCAGAGGAUCUUGGGGUUCCCGGGAGUCAUCGCCUAAGUCUGGCCGUGUUCCUCCGGUGACAACAAGUAAUUCUUUUUCUGUGCUGGAUGGUCUAACUCCGAUAGACACACCAGAUAAUAUUGUACAAAAUGUUGCUUAAAACUAUAAGUCAUGGAUUUUAUAAUCUUACGUAUUUAUACUACAUGUAUAAAGAAACUCAGUUAUGUUUUUAUUGUCAUGUCGUUUGUAAUAACAUUUUUGUUACUUAAAA